AGAGAAUGCAAUCAGAAAACACACUCUGCAUUUAGUUUAAUAGCAAAACCUCCAGUUUUCAGGCAUGGCGAUAAAAAAUAAGUAUUCUUUCAUGUUUCUGAUGGCAGUUGCCAGUGUACUUUCAACGUUGUCAUGGAUAUAUUUAUCAAUAAACAUAAGCUCGACUGCUCUCAGUAACGGACGCAGAGAUAAUAAUGCAUUCCUGCAUAAAACAGGAAACGUCCCACCUCCUGCUGCAUUUACAACAACACAGGAAGCAAAAAUGACUGAUUCCACAAAAAGAAACACAGAGAUAAAGGUCAAAGCCAAUCAAACGAGAGCCUCUACACAUCGUGCUGUGACUAAAAAACCCAUCAAAGUUCCAGCAACCUUCAAGCCUCUUUCUUUUAAGGAUUUGGGGGACGUUUAUAACCAGGAUGCCCCACCCAGACAGACAACAUGCGCCCAGUCUCUGCACAACACUAAUGAUGAGAGCUUCAAGAAGGCUUUCCUUCCCAACGUACCUUUGUUUCUGCACAAAGACAGCAUCAACAUGAGCGAGUGGAACAGACUAUCACAUUAUAACAACCCUUUUGGUUUUAUGGACUACAAGUAUGACGAUGUGAUGUCAGGACUGAAGUUGAUCCCAAAGCCAAAGGAGCCUCUUCUUCUUCCAAAGCCAGGCAGUGACGGGUGUGUGAGAUGUGCUGUGGUGGCCACUGGUGGGAUCCUCAAUGGCUCUAAAAUGGGGAAAGAGAUCGAUGCUCACGAUUAUGUUUUCCGGAUGAACGGUGCAGUCGUCAAAGGUUACGAGGAAGAUGUAGGAAGCAGAACAUCUGUGUACGUUCACACGGCUCACACUGUCACUGCAUCGGUUAUAUUGCUGAAGAAGUACGGAUACACAUCUGUCCCUCAUGAUGAGGGUAUAAAAUAUGUGCUGAUUCCUGAGGGGAUUAGGGAUUUCAACUGGCUCGAGGGUCUUUUGAAAGGAGAAAAGAUCUCUACCGGUCAAUACAUCAACCGACGGCCAUGGACCUACUAUGGCGGGCAGUACAAUGAGAGCCGCUUCUAUGUUCUGCACCAGGAUUUCCUCAGAUACGUGCGGAACAGGUUCUUAAAGUCUGCUUCCCUGAAUGCUUCAUACUGGGCCUUAGUGAGACCAACCAAUGGGGCAUUCACUAUUUUCCUGGCUCUGCAUACCUGUGACACUGUGAAUGCAUAUGGAUUUAUUACUGAGGACUACAAGAAAUACUCUAACUACUAUGUUGAGAAGAAUGUUAAAACCAAUAUCAUUUUCUACGGCAACCAUGACUACAUCCUGGAGAUGAAAUUGUGGAAAAAAUUACAUGACAGCAAAAUAAUUAGACUAUAUCAAAGAACAGACUCAGAAACUGUGACAGAGAAGCUGAAGGAACACUGAUAUACUUUGUUCACCCUUCUUGGAAGAGAUGAGGAAACACAAACCUUGUCAGACAAUGUAUGACUGACUGUUUACGCAACACUUUUCUAGAUUUGGUAUGUACGUGAUAAAUAAAUAGGCACCUUAAUCUGGUUUAGCACUUUUGUUGUUUGUCCUGGUCUAACUGGAAGUGGAAAACAACAUACCAAUGGUUAACUUAUUAAAUGAAAAACAGUAAGACAGUGUCUUACUGGGUGGAAAAACACAUUAGUGAGAAACUUUGUAAGUUUACAGAGACAUGUUCUCAUGUACUUUAUGUGUACUGCAAUAAUGUAAUAAUGUCUGUAUUUUUUAACAGCAAAUCUUAUUUAUCUUUUAAAAUUUUCUUUUGUCUAUUUUCUUUUAUUUAUCUGUAUAGCCUACACUGUAUAAAUAUGCUGUCAAGUAAUAAGAUAUGUGGAGGUUAGUGCUAAUUGUUUGCAUUUGGUAUCUACAUUUUAUUUGAUUCUGUACAUUGUUGUGUUACACAUUCUUGUAAUGAUGCAAACAAUCAUGCAAAUAAACUUUAUGUAAAUAA